AUGUCUCCCUCUCCAACCGUCGCAUUCUUCGGCGCAACAGGCGGCGUCGCCAACGGCAUCCUAAUCCACACCCUCCUCGGAGGACACCGGGCCAUCGCCCUCGUGCGCACGCCGCAGAAGCUGCGCGAUCAACUCCUCCGCCAGGACCUCGCCGCCGACCUCCUCGACAACCUCACAAUCGUGCAGGGCAAUGCCCUGGACGUCGCGGCCGUGAAGCGCGCCCUUACCGCGCAUGGACCCCACACACUCCCCAGCGUCAUCGUGACGGGCCUGGGCGGCGCCCCGGCGUUCCAAUUCCAAUGGACCCGGCCCUUCCAGUUCGCGACGCUCGAUGAUCCGCACGUGUGCGAGACCGCGGCCGCGACGCUCACGAGGGCGUUGACCGAGAUAUGCUCUGAAGGGGCAUCUGCAUCUGUAAUUGCGCCUGAGACGCAGCAGCAGCAUCCCCAACCUCUCUUGACAUUUAUUUCCACGACAGGCAUCACCAGGGGACCCGAGGACGUGCCAUUUUGGAUCCGCUUUCUGUACCAUCAAAUCCUCACGGUUCCGCACGCGGACAAGAAGAAGAUGGAGGAUAUUUACCGCGCGGAUGCCGACACCCCCGAGCGGGAUCGAUUGUUCAGCGCCAUUGUGGGCAUCAGGCCGACGUUGUUGACGCCGUUGGACAACUCGCCGGCUGAUUAUCGAGAUGUGGUGGGUUUGGAGAAGAUCCGGGCGGGUACGGAACAGAAGCCCGCGGUCGGGUAUAGUAUUAAGAGGGGGGAUGUUGCGCAGUGGGUAUGGGAACAUGUGGUGAAGGAGGCUGUGGAGGGAAGGAAAGGGAAGUGGGAGGGUGAGAUGGUUAGUCUUACCAGUUAG